CGAAGGACCCCGGCCAGCCGGCUCCGCCUCGCUCGGGCCGCGCGGGGCUCCAGGGACUCCGGCAGGUGGACUCGGUGCUGAGCUGCGGCUUCCACCCUGCUGCAGCCUUGAUUCUUCCCAGGCCUUCUCCCAUCCUCUUCCUCCCACUUGAGUGCGACAUGUUUGUUCCUUGCGGGGAGUCGGUCCCCGACCUCGCGGGUUUCACCCUCCUCAUGCCAGCAGUAUCUGUUGGAAAUGUAGGCCAGCUUGCAAUAGAUCUAAUUAUUUCUACACUGAAUAUGUGUAAGAUUGGUUACUUCUAUACCGAUUGUCUUGUGCCAAUAGUUGGAAACAAUCCAUAUGCAACUGCAGAAGAAGAUACAACAGAACUCAGCAUAAAUGCUGAAGUAUAUUCAUUGCCUUCAAAGAAGCUAGUGGCUCUUCAAUUAAGAUCCAUUUUUAUUAAGUAUAAAUCAAAGCCAUUCUGUGAAAAACUGCUUUCCUGGGUGAAAAGCGGUAACUACGCCAAAGUCAUUGUUCUCUCCAGCAGUCAUUCCUGUCACCGUAAUGACCUGCAGCUUCGCAGUACUCCUUUCAGGUACCUGCUUACACCUUCCAUACAAAAAGGUGUUCAAAAUAAAAUAAACAGCCUUAACUGGGAAGAAAUGGAGAAAAGCCCAUCAAUUCCUGAAAUAGGUGAUUCUGAGUUUUGUGUCCGUAUUCCUGGAGGAGGAAUCACAAAAACACUCUACGAUGAAGGCUGUUCUAAAGAAAUCCCAAUGGCAGUUCUGCUGAAAUUUGUUUCAGAAGGAGACAACAUCCCAGAUGCAUUAGGUCUUGUUGAAUAUCUUAAUGAAUGGCUUCAGAUAAUCAAACCACAUUUACAGGGUGAUGACCCCACAAUGUCUACCUCACCAUGGAAAAUUCCAAGUUCUUGGAGAUUACUCUUUGGCAGUGGUCUUCCUCCUGCACUUUUUUGAUCUGUUUUCAGUUUUAUAAAACUUAUAUAUCAAGAUACUACCAACACAACUGUUAAACAACUAUAUAAAAAUAUGUAUUAUCUAACAAUGUAUUAGGAGAUAAAUCUUUACUUUUCUUAGAAAAGCUCAAAGAAAAAUGGAUUAACAAAAGGUUUUUGCCCAUGCUUUUCAUUAUGUACAACAAAUGUAAAUUUUGUACAAUAAAAUAUUUCCUAAGUAA